AUGUCGGAUGCAGAAGAAACCCUUCUAGAAGAAACAGAAGAAAGUGGAGAAACAGAAAUGGAAGAAGAAGAAGAAUAUAAUCCAAAUUAUAAAGAAGUACAAAAUAUGCAGCAGGAACCAAAAGACGAUGACAUUCUAGCAUGGAGAGGGUCUCAGGAGGAGGAGGGGGAGGAGAGAGAGAAGGAGGAGUGGGAGGAGAAGGAGAAGGAAGAAGGAGACGAGGAGGGGGAGGAGAAGGAGAAGGAAGAAGGAGACGAGGAGGGGGAGGAAAAGGAGGACAAAGAGGAGGAGGAGGAGGAGGAGGAAGAAGAAGCUGUCAUAGAAGAAACUGAGGAAAAGGCUGGAGAAGCCCAGGAGGAGGCUGCAGGAGCACAGGAAGAAACCACAGUGAAGCCCCAAGAAAUCAACAAGUCCAUGAUCAAUUUGGAGAAAUUUAUUGAUUCCCAGUCAACCAUGCCAGAAACUUUCCCAAUUACCCAUACACGUAGUGAGUCAAAGCAUUCAUUACAAGCAGAGUCCAGUUCCGAAACAAAUGAGCUCUCAGAAGGCCUGAGCUCACAACAUGAAUUUCUUGAUUUGGAUCAAAUCAGUACUGAGGAACAGCAGAUUAGUUCCCCUGAAAAGCAGUCCUCAGGCGAGCUUGAGGAGAAUAUCGACCAGAUGCCCCAAGAUGAAUUGGGACAAGAAAGAAGAGACUUGGUACCAGAAAAGGGAGUGGAGAGACAAGAAAAGAGAGUAUCAUAUUUCCACAACGAAGGUGAAGGAAAACAAUUCCAGUCCAAACAAGGUAUCUGCAAGGAGUCACUAUUGUCUACCACCACAGAAGACAUUUUGUUCCAAAAGGAUGAGAACGCUGACGUUUAUCCCUUGACUAUGACCUGGUUGUAUGGAUGGAACAGUUCUCUUCCUGUUUACUAUAUUCGAGAUGAAAACCAGAGAGUUCUUCUGUACGUUUGUGCCCACACUGCGGUCCUCUACAAUGUUUUCAGGAAUAAUCAGCACCACCUUCAGGGCCACCCUAACAUCAUCUCCUGCGUCUGCAUCAGUGAAGACAGGCGGUGGAUCGCCACAGCAGACAAAGGGCCAGACUGCCUGAUAAUUAUAUGGGACUCCUUCACAGGUAUUCCUGUGCACACGAUAUUUGACAGCUGCCCAGAAGGUAACGGCAUCAGGGCAAUAGCCAUGUCCCCCGACGCCAAGUAUCUGGCAACCAUCUCAGAUGCUGAAGUCCAGAAAGUGUGCAUCUGGAAGUGGACUUUAGCAGUGGAAACACCAGCAUCUACUCUCGAGCUCCCUAAAGAGUAUGGUUUGCAGAACUAUCUUACUUUUAAUCCAACAAAUAAUAAAGAAUUGGUGAGCAAUAGUAGAACACAAACAAUAUAUUAUUUGUGGAAUGAAGAGAGAGGAAUACUUGCUCACAGUGCCCCACUUUUAACAGAAAAAACCUUCAACAAGCUCGUGGGAAAAUUUAGCCAGUCUGUCUUCCAUUUGAAUUUAACACAAAUCCUCUCAGCAACAAUGGAAGGGAAGCUGGUUGUCUGGGACAUACACCGCCCACCAUUGUCUUCUGCCACCUUUUUGGGCUUUCCCUAUAUCAAGCCUUGUAAAUUGGUUCAUUUGCAGAAAGAAGGUAUCACCGUGCUUACUACAGUUGAUAGCUACAUUGUCACAGGUGACAUUAAGGGCAACAUUAAGUUCUAUGAUCACACCCUGUCCAUUGUUAACUGGUACAGUCACUUCAAACUGAACUCCAUAAGAACUCUGUCCUUUUCAAAGACCCCGGCAACUCUUACGGAGAAAUCAAACUUUCCUCCAGACUGCACUUUAAAAGGUGACCUUUUUAUUGUAAGGAAUCUUGUCAUUGGAACAUCUGAUGCCACGGUGUACCACUUAACGACAGAUGGGACCAAACUUGAGAAGUUAUUCAAAGAGCCCAAGGAUGCCAUUUGUGCCAUCUCAUGCCACCCAUAUCAAUCCCUCAUCGCCAUUGGAAGUGUCUGUGGGAUGAUCAAAGUGUGGGAUUAUGAAAAGAAAAUAUACCUUUUCAGCAGGGUCUUUGAGAAGGGGCUUGGAGUCCAGAGUCUGACCUACAACCCUGAAGGAGCCCUUCUUGGAGCUGGCUUCACAGAGGGGACAGUUUACAUUCUUGAUGCAAUGUCUUUAGAAAGUGAAAUCCCAGAGCCUUUCAAAUAUUCCAGAACCAGUGUGACUCAUAUAAGCUUCUCCCAUGACUCCCAGUAUAUGGCAACUGCUGAUGUAAGUUUUACUGUGGCUGUUUACAUGGUGAUAGUCAAAAAUGGACAAAGGAUCUGGGAAUAUUUAGCAAGACUUCGCUCUCAUCACAAAAGCAUCCAAAGUCUCCUGUUUGGGGUUCAUCUGGAUAGCAAUGAGCCUAGACUGCUGAGCCUCGGGAGAGACAGGCUGUUGAUCGAAUAUAAUCUUCGCAAAAGCCACAAAGACCACCUGGAAGUCCUGGAUAUUCAUCGAACUGACCAGGGCAGCUACCCCACCUGUAUGGUCUGGUACCCGCCGCUCACCAAGGAACUCUUCCUGCUUAUUUGCAACAGCAGCUACAAAGUGAAACUUUUUAAUUCUACCACCAAAAUGUGCAGACAGACACUUGUUGGGCCAGCUUACGGUUCUCCUAUUGAGCAGACACAAGUCCUCCCGGUGAAAACCACUGUGGAACUACAGAAACGCUACUUGGUGUUUAUUAACAGAGACAAGAUUGGACUUCAGAUCUUACCAGUUGACGGCAAUCCACAUAAAACAUCUGCUAUUGUUUGCCACCCAAAUGGGGUGGCUGGAAUGACCCUUUCCUAUGAUGGCUGCUAUGCCUUCACAGCAGGAGGGCACGAUUGCUUGGUAGUACAGUGGAAAAUCAAUUUAAGACCUCGAAGCUUCUCCUCUUAACCUGAAUAUGAGAAAAAGUGAUAGCCAG